AUGCAUUAUUUGAAGAGGAAAAAGGGGAAAGAGGGGUAUAUGACACUCAAACUUGAUAUGAGUAAAACGUAUGAUCGAGUUGAAUGGGCUUAUCUUCUUGCCAUUAUGAGUAAAAUGGGGUUCCAUGAUAGAUGGGUGGACUUGGUUUUGUAUAGUGUCUCAUCGAUUUCUUAUAAAAUAAUCAAUGGUGGGAGGGAGAUGGGACCUAUUUUCCCCUCAAGGGGCAUUCGACAAGAAGACCCAUUGUCUCCUUAUCUUUUCAUUAUUUGUGCAGAGGGGUUGUCUGCCUUGAUUAGAAAAUAUGAGGCUCAGAAGUGGAUUCACGGGAUUAAAGUUGAUAGGGGAGCCUCAAUGGUCUCUCAUAUGUUUUUUGCAUAUGACAACUAUCUCUAUUGCAAGGCUAUUGAUAAGGAAGCAAGAAGAGUGAUGGAGAUUCUUCAUAAGUUUGAAAGAGCUUCGGGGCAACAAGUCAAUGUGGCGAAAUCUUCUGUAUUUUUCAGUUCCAACACAGAGAUUAGAAAGAGAAUAAAUGUCUGUCAGUCACUUGGUAUGCAUGAAGCAAAUGCUCAGAGCACAUAUGUAACGUCCUAA